GCGAAGACGAACUUCAUAAAACGAGGAGAAUCAGAAGAAACCAGCAGCCAUGGCGGGGAAUAUGGGAAUGGAGCAAUUGAUACCAAUUGUGAAUAAGAUGCAAGAUGCUUUCACACAACUAGGAGUUCAUAUGCAACUGGACCUCCCACAAAUAGCUGUCGUGGGUGGUCAAUCGGCUGGAAAGAGUUCUGUGUUAGAAAACUUCGUAGGCAGGGACUUUUUGCCCCGUGGUUCGGGUAUUGUCACUCGGCGCCCACUUAUUCUGCAACUCAUCAAUGGAAAUGCAGAAUGUGCGGAGUUUCUCCACUGCAAGGGGAAAAGGUUCACCGACUUCAACGAAGUGCGCGCCGAGAUCGAGGCGGAGACAGAUCGCGUCACCGGCUCCAACAAGGGCAUCUCCCCGGUGCCCAUCAACUUGCGCGUAUACUCGCCUAACGUACUCAACCUGACCCUGAUCGACUUGCCGGGCCUGACCAAGGUGCCGAUCGGCGACCAGCCGGCUGACAUAGAGCAACAGAUCAAAGGCAUGAUCUUCCAGUUCAUCCGGCGCGAGUCGUGCCUCAUCCUCGCUGUGACCCCGGCCAACACCGACUUGGCGAACAGCGAUGCCCUCAAACUUGCCAAAGAAGUGGACCCGCAAGGUCUGCGUACAAUCGGUGUGAUUACAAAGCUGGACCUCAUGGACGACGGCACGGACGCGCGCGACGUGCUCGAGAACAAGCUGCUGCCGCUGCGACGCGGGUACAUCGGCGUCGUCAACCGCUCGCAGAAGGACAUCGACGGACGGAAGGACAUCUCUGCGGCGCUCGCGGCCGAGAGGAAGUUCUUCCUUAGCCACCCUUCGUACCGGCACCUCGCAGACCGGCUCGGCACGCCAUACUUGCAGCGCGUGCUGAACCAACAGCUCACCAACCACAUUCGAGACACGCUGCCCGGCUUGAGAGACAAGCUUCAGAAGCAGUUGCUCACACUCGAGAAGGAUGUCGACCAGUACAAGCACUUCAGGCCCGACGACCCGUCCAUCAAGACCAAGGCUAUGCUACAGAUGAUCCAACAACUGCAGACAGACUUCGAGAGGACCAUCGAGGGUUCGGGCUCGGCACAGAUCAACACCAACGAGCUGUCGGGAGGUGCCAAAAUCAACAGACUGUUCCACGAGAGGUUCCCCUUUGAAAUUGUCAAAAUGGAGUUCGAUGAGAAGGAGCUGCGCAGGGAAAUCGCAUUCGCCAUUCGGAACAUCCAUGGUAUCAGAGUGGGUCUGUUCACACCGGACAUGGCGUUCGAGGCUAUAGUGAAGAAGCAGAUCGGUCGGCUAAAGGAGCCCAGUCUCAAAUGUGUUGACUUGGUCGUUCAAGAACUUUCGAAUGUGGUCAGAGUUUGCACAGAAAGGAUGUCCCGGUACCCACGACUGCGCGAGGAGACGGAGCGCAUCAUCAUGUCCCACGUGCGCUCGCGCGAGCAGCAGUGCAAGGACCAGCUCAUACUGCUCAUAGACUGCGAGCUCGCUUACAUGAACACCAACCACGAGGACUUCAUCGGUUUCGCAAAUGCACAGAACCAGUCGGAAAACGCAGCUAAAUCUGGGCAACGCUCCCUCGGGAACCAAGUUAUCAGGAAAGGCUAUAUGUGCAUACACAAUUUAGGCAUAAUGAAAGGUGGCUCUCGCGACUACUGGUUCGUGCUGACGUCGGAGAGCAUCUCCUGGUUCAAGGAUGAGGAGGAGCGCGAGAAGAAGUACAUGCUGCCGCUCGACGGGCUCAAGCUGCGCGACCUCGAGCAGGGGUUCAUGUCGCGCCGACACAUGUUCGCGCUCUUCAACCCCGAGGGGCGGAAUGUGUACAAGGAUUACAAGCAGCUUGAGUUGUCUUGCGAGAAUCAAGACGACGUAGACUCUUGGAAGGCGUCCUUCCUCAGGGCCGGGGUAUACCCGGAGAAGACUUCUGAAGCGGCCAACGGUGACGAGAGUUCAGAUACAUCUGGCACGAGCAGUAUGGACCCUCAGUUGGAGAGGCAGGUGGAGACGAUCAGGAAUCUGGUGGACUCGUACAUGCGUAUAGUGACGAAGACGACUCGCGACCUGGUGCCCAAGACCAUCAUGAUGAUGAUCAUCAACAAUGCCAAAGAUUUCAUCAACGGGGAGCUGUUGGCGCAUUUAUACGCGUCUGGCGAUCAGUCGCAAAUGAUGGAGGAGUCCCCCGAGGAGGCGCUCAAGCGCGAGGAGAUGCUGCGCAUGUACCACGCGUGCAAGGAGGCGCUGCGGAUCAUCGGCGACGUGUCCAUGGCGACCGUCAGCACGCCCGUGCCGCCGCCCGUCAAGAACGACUGGCUGGAGAGCCGCCUGGACUCCAACCCGCGCCUGUCGCCGCCCUCGCCCGGCGGCCCGCGCCGAGCCGCGCCUGCGCAACAAGGUUCCCUAGGACAGCGAGGAGCUCCCCCAGUGCCCGGCGGCGGUGCCGGCAGACCUGCGCCGCCGCUGCCGUCGCGACCCGGCGGCUCCGCCCCCCCGCCGCCCGGCGGCCGCCCCAUGCCCUCGCAGGGCCUGCCCGCGCCGCUCAUACCCACGCGUCCGGGCUCGGCAGCGGGAGCGGCGGUGGGUGCUAUGAACCAGUUGCCGCCUCACAUGAGGCAGCAGAUCAACCAGGCGGUCGGCCAGGCGGUCACCAACGCCGCCAUCAGUGAACUCAGCUCCGCAUUCGCCAAAUUCAAGUAAUCCCAACUGAGCAAUUGCUCUGGAACGCGCACUAUGGGUUAACGUUUCUUGGUACAUUGACAAUAUCAUUAUACAUAUGAUUAUAUUAUUGUAAUAAAUAAGGUGCUUUGUAGUAGCCAUGCGGUGAUGCUAAAGACUCAAUUAUGGCUUCAAUGUUAAAAAGUUUUAGAGCCUCACUAGCUCAACUGAAAAGCGGUCGGACUCAUCACCGAGGUGUGGUCGUUCGAUCCCCGCCCCGUUGGAUUAUUGGCGUACGCACUUCUAAUAUAGUUUUCCCCGAUUAGUUGGAGGAAAAUGAGAAUAUUGUUCAUAUUCUCCAGCCAGUCCAGCUACUGUAUUUUAAAUGGGUGUGAAAUUUACAGAGUUUGUCUGGCCCUUUUAACGUACGUAAUUUCUCAACAGAGUUACUCGGAAUAUUCGUAACUCCUCAGUAACAGCUAUGGUUUAGUCUAGGUACCUAUAUAUGUCAUAGCGUAGUAUAACUUACAAACCUUUAAAUAAUCAGUAGUUUUUCACGAAGCACUAGUUACAAUAAAAAAACAAGAACUUUUAAAAAAUAGUGUUAAACAUUGUUGCCAAAUUAUUAAAUCUAAUUAGCAAUUUACCAAGAAACAAAACCAAAAGGCACACUCACGAAAAUGUGCUUCCGACUAAUGUGUUAAAUGUUGUUUGAUCUAACAUCGAUUCCAAGUGUAACAACUACAACCCGUGUUCUUACUCAAUACCUAAUAUUGUUGAUGUAGUAACAAAGUGCUUCAAGCUUUUGUGAUCCGGUGGAUAAAACAGGAACUAACCUCCGGCCGCUCGGCCUGAGACAGAGAGUGAGAGAGAGAGAGACAGAGAGAGACAAAAAAACGAGGCAAUUGUAAUUGAAUAUGUUUGUCCCAUUCGCACGACCUGACCUUGACUAAAGUGCGACAAAAGCGACACCCUCACCGGGCCAGAUAAGUUUGUGCCACUAUACCGUCUUUAUGCUUUUGUUUGUCAUCUUAAAGGACUAAUUAUAUUAUAUUCAGCUAUAAUUCAGCUUUGGUUCAUAAAAACUAGCGUUUUAUGCAGUAAUACGUGCGUUUUAAAUCGCAUUCUUGUGAAACGAUUGUUUCGCAUAUUUCAGCGCUGAAUUAUUAUUGUAACGGUUCUCAACUAUAUGUCUUCACUUGAAGCGCUCGAUUUAUUUGGCUAUUUAAAAAAGUCGACUCAAAAUUAUAUAUAUUUUUCAUAUUUUCAUCUAAUUUAAAGUAGUUUCACUUGAGUGGGGUCAGCAAAAUAUGUGAAUCUAUCAGUUAAAUUUUCAUCUGAUUAUGUGAAUUUUCAGAUGUUGUAAAAUAUUUUGGGAAUUUUCUUUUUUAGACAAUUUCAAUCUGUCUGAAAACGCCAAAAAGACGACGUUGUCAUCCAAGUUGAGAGCCUAUGUUGUAAUCAAACCAUUCAGCUAAAUGUGAGUGUAGGUGAAUAAGUGUAAUCAGUCCCUAACUGCGUGCUUCUAAACUUUUAAUCGCAAAGAAUCAAUUUAUUUACGUUCUGUCUAUCGGUUAUAAUAAAUUAAUAUUAUAUUUAUCAUAUUUGUAAUGCACUUUACAUUGUUACGAAUGUAUAACCAGUUAUUAAUUAUAACUACAUACUAAGUUUAGUUCAUUAGAUAGAAUAAACUCCUUUCGGUUUAGGUUUUCGUGCAAAUGUGAUGUCAAAUAUCACAAUGUUACCAUAGUGUUAAUUUUAAAGAUUUCAUUGGGAAUUACAUGCUCACUUUCGACGAUUUAGUGUGUAAUCGCCAAAAAAUUGCCCCUGCAAGGUAAUUUACACUCACCGUAUAAGUGUAUAUUGUCUCUAAACAAAAAUAUACAUUUCCUAAAAAAUAUUCUGUAACCAGUAAAAUAUUUGUUAAGUUCAUUAAUUUAAAAUUAUGCUAUGAUAUUUUACCCUUAUAAUUUAAUACUAAAUACCUAAAUUGUCUAUGGCCGAAGAGUCACAAUAGUCUACUAUUAUUAUGGUUAUAAAUUUCUAUGUAAUGAUCCCGUGUAUAUAAUUGAUCAAUUCAUUUUAAAUUUUUCUUGUAAAUAUUUUUAUAUUCAUUUUUUUAAAAGAGUGGCUGUUGUUUUUGAAGUGAUAACUUCAUACGGGUGGGUAAACCGCUGGUAACGUAACACGUUACUGCUGAAGUUGGCACGUUUGACACUUGCACUUGACAGAGCGAACUUCGGACUGAUUUUACGACCACAGACUAUUUACAAAAGUUUCUAUGUUGCUGUCAAAAUGUUCUUCACACCUCUCCGACAAUAGAGGAUUCAUAAUUCAAUAAUUAAUUAGAUUCACUUAAUUAAAGCAGUUCGUUUAAGUUAUCACUUCUGUCAAGCGUCCCGAGACGCACACGUUUUUUUUAUGGAUACGAAUGUUGCUACCAUUUAUAGCUUUUUAACUUUGGCAACAUUGACGAUUUUAUGAUCAACGAUCUCUUAUCGAAGGGCAUUACUAAAAAUGGUGAUGUUGCCAGUAACAAGCUGAUCUUCAGUGACUUUGAAAGGUGCAAAACUAUAGGCGUAUGCGGCAUUUAAAGGUGAUUCGGGGUGUUUAUAUGGCUAAUCUGGCAUAAAUGAAGUCUUGAGAUCUACUAACUAAACUGCCUCUUCAGAUAAACUGUAUAAAGCUAAUACAGUCGUCUCAUUAUGUUUGCGAAUUUAAUAUGCCUAAUAAUGUGUUUUUUUAUGGAUUUUUGGAGAUCACACACGAUUUAAGACACGUAUUGUUACAGGCUAGAGGUGCGAAAAUUAUUAAAAUCGUAGUAUUCAAUAAUAAACACAAUAAUAUUAGAUAUUAUAUGGUAUAUGCCAUACACUUUUGAUUAAAAACGUACUUUUUAAAAGUGUACAGGAUCUCUAGCCUAAAGCUUUUUAUAGGUGUAUAAUAAAUAAUGAAAUUGCACAAUUGUUUUAAAAUUGGAUUGCUAUCAAUGAAUUUGCUAUGGAUAAAAUAUAAUAUAAUAUUAGUGGCCGAGUCCAAAAUGAUUGGAUUAUGUUUUAAAAUUUUCAGUAUUAACUGCAAACGACUUCUGUAGGCCUAGCAUUUGCGUCAAUGACAUGUCUCUUGAAGAGAGAAAUUACAUAAGGUCGACCAAUAGCGGCGGAGUUGGUAUAUCGCUUUCAUGCUCGUUGCAAUGUAGUGCUAUGUCAAUACACUGUAUCAGGUACAGUGUUUUGUGGUAACGCCUAUAAAUGAGUUCCUCGCGGAGUUCCUUGGGAUUCAAAUAUUUUUUUCAAGACUUAAAAACCAUGAGAAAUGCAUUAAUAGUAUACACUGUUUCUAACAAAAUAGUAUGAGUAACUAAAGGGACUAAAAAAAGUGCGAUUUCUCGACAAACUCUAAUUAAUGUUUUUUUAGAUACAUUGUUUUGUCAGGACGCGGCGGUGCAUUGGGAUGAAAGAGAGCGAUAUUUUCGUCUCCGCCGCUAUUGGUCGACAAUUUUCUUAUUCUCGUUUCGUUAUAUGUCGUGGUAGCCCAUCUUAGGCCUACUGUGCAGUGCUUUAGGGUAAUAUUACGAAAUAUACGAUGUUGAUACUUUACUGGAUUGUAUUUAAGGUUCCCGUCUUAUAUCGGGAUUGUGUAAAGUUUAUUUUGUGAGGUUAAUUGUACAGAUACAGCGGCUUAAGGUGUUAAGGUGAAUUUUCAUGAUGACAACUCUAUACAACGGCUACACUUUUAAUAAAAAAGGUACAGGUUUUACUUGAUUGAUGUGAAAUGUACGAGUAUGAAUCAGAGUGUGAGUUGAAGUGAUUUGUGAAAAUUUACCUUAAAGAGUAUUAUGGAAUAGUACAAUAAUUGUGUUGUUCGCAUGACGUCACGGCAUUCCGGAUUGCAUCAGAUGAUCUUACUAUGCAUAUCAUAGUAUUGUUUUGUAAAUUUGCUAGGGUUGUAUUUUUAAGAGUCAAUAUUAUGUUUGACGUUACUGCACUUGACGAUUUUGUCGUAGUUUUUAGCUGCGUAGCAGAAUUCAACGUUUUUCACCUCGGUGUUUAGGUGUUUCGGUAGCUUUGGGGCUAAAACCCCCAUCAAACUUACUAUUCCAGUCUCUAGUAGGUAGUGACCCUAACAUUAUAUGGAUUUAAUGCAUUUACUCGAUCAAUAUAUAAUUAUUCAAGCUUGUCUGUUAUUGUAUAUUAAAAUUUUUGGAUCAAUAUAAUUCUAGCGAAUACACAUACAUGUAUUGCGAUAGUAUUAAUCACGAAGUGUUGACUUUACAAAGUUUGUAUGUAAAAUUAUAAUGUACUUAUAUAAAAAAAAAAAAGUAUGGCUAAGACCAAAGCAGUUCUCGUGUAUCGUUGCUAGUGGCAAUAUCUUUGGUCAAUUACUAGGAUGUUUCAUCGGUGCAUUUCGUGCAUUAUGGAAUCGUUAUUGAAUACUUAUUACAGUGUAAAACAAAUAGAAAUUUUAAUCUUCGAAAAAAUAUAUAUAUAUAUUGUCAUCGCAUAAAAAUCACACUUGCUCACGAUUUUUUUCUUUUUGUCGUUUUGUGACCAAUUUUUAUCCUUCAUUAGCUACGCAGUGCAAUCAUGGAAGAUAUUAUAUUUUUUUAAUUUAUUAUAUUUAAAACUGACGUUGAUACAAUCCUUCAGUGAUAUUUUCGUAUAAACACUCGACUGGCUAUUGAAGUAGUAUGAUGAAGUCAUUGUCAGUGGUGUAGCUAGGUGACCAAGGGCCCUGGUGAAAAUAAAAAAAGUGGGCCCCACUACUACCUAAAUUGGUUAGGUUUUAUUAAGUGAAAACAUUAAAUACAUAGAAAUGCUAAGCUAAUUUAUCAUCAGCUAUUUGUUUUCUAAGUUCAGGGUGCCUAGUGUGAGAUCUCAAUGUUUUCAUACUAUGACGAUCGCGUAAACGUAAACUCGAAUUUAUAAUGAAUUGUGCAGUAGUGCCGCUAGAUGGCGCUGUUUGAAUUCCUUAGAAAUUCGCGUUUAUGUUUACGCGAUCGUCACAGUAUGAAAACAUUGGAAACUUCCACUAGGCACUCAGGUCGAUCGCGAUUUUUUGGUAAGAAUUCGAGGGCCCCUUUAGCUUGAGGGUCCCGGGGCACCGCCUAGCCCCUCGGUAGCUACGCCAUUGGUCAUUGUAUACAGUUCCUAUGCAAAAUUAACGCUCUGGCCCCAUCUCUUGUAUCUUGAUUGUAAUGUCGAAAUUUUAAUGGAAAAAUAAUCACAACCAUCAAGUUUUGCUCUCUUGUUAAUAGCGUUUAGUGUCAUCGAAAAAAAAAAUGUAUAGGCAGAGAUUGUUGGAUUUGAUAUAGUUUAUGAAUAUUGUUAAUCUUAUGCUGUAUAAAUAGAAUAAUUAAAAGCUAUAUGUGUACUGAGGAGGUUUGAUUUGAUCCAGUAGAUUAUUAACACAGAUAUAUAACAAAAUAACAUAUCCGCAGAAGUAAUAGGUAAGCCCAAUUUUAAUAUUUUCGUUAUAUUUCAAUAAGAUACAACGUGUAAAAUAUUAUUUUAAUAUAUAUUUUUUAAUUCAAACGUAUGUAGAUUCCAAGAUUGUAUAUAUGUAAACUGUUAUGUAUAUAUGUAAACACAUGGCUCAAAGUCACUCAGCGGGCGAUGGAGCGAGCUAUGCUUGGACUUUCUCUGCGUGAUCGAAUCAAAAAUGAGGGAGAUCCGCAGAAGAACCAAAGUCACCGACAUAGCUCAGCGAGUCGCGAAGCUGAAGUGACAAUGUGCAGGCCACAUAGUUCGAAGAGCCGAUGUAUGUUGGGGUCCCAAGGUGCUGGAUUGGCAUACUUGCACCAGAAAACGCAGUGUUGGUCGACCUCCCAUUAGGUGGACCAAGGACAUCACGCGGGUUGCAAAAAGCCGCUGGAUGCUCGUGGCUCGAGACCGUUUGUUUGGAAGUCCAUGCAAGAGGCCUAUAUCUAGCAGUGGACGUCCAUCGGCUGUUAAUGAUGAUAAUGAUGAUGAUGAUGAUGAUCAUGAUGACCUAAACACUAUAGUGCAUAGUGUGCAUACUGCAUAGUGUGCAGUAAGAUGAGAAGAAUGUAACGUAUUUUAAAGUUUCUGAAAACUACAAAUUGAGUUUGAGAGUUUGACUUUACGUAUAUGUUUAACACAUAUACGAGUAGCUGUACGUCAACAAUAUACAAACACAGUUUGUGAAUGUCUUAGAGUGCCUGGUUUAAAUAAUGUAUAUAAUAUACUAUUGAAUUUAUUAAUUUAUUUUUAAUAUUUAUUUAUUUGUAUAUUUUGACGGAUAUUUGCCAAAGUUAAUAAUGUGUAAGAUUUCGUUUUCGACGUUAUAUUCAUUACAGCUAAGCUAAGUUGCUUGGUGUAUAUAUAUUAUUUUAUGAUAUCUUAUUGAAAUAUGACAUAAUACUAAUUGUAAGUGUAAUCUAUAGCAUGACUUAAUGUAAUUUAUUGUGCAUGAAUUCAAAAUAUGCGGUGCAAUCUACCAAUAAUUAAAUAGCAUACUGAUUCAUAAUAGAUAAGAAAUAAUACUGAAAUAGAAAAACGGCACAGUCUGACGCGAUUGAUCGAGCAUAGUACAAAUACGAACCCUUACGUGGUUUAUAAUCGUACGUAACUUAACUUACAGUGAUCAUACUAGUAUAGCCGAUUUACUACUUCAAUAUUAUGAAAAAUACUCACCAUUUUUUAAAUUGUAACAUAGGUAAGUUGUAUUAAAUUAGCAUGUGUGAGAGAUUUUCUCGAUUUUUUUUUAAAACUAGAUCAAAAUCAAAAUCAACAAUAAAAAUGAAUUGUCAGAAUGAACUGAACUAGAAACUGUUAGCCCUGGAUCCGAGGAUCAUUUUUCAAUUGAUAACUAUCAAGCAAAUUUUCCGUGAUCAACUUCAUCUUGAUGAUAUUUUUAUUUAAGUACGAAAAUUCUUAAUUUUUAUGGUAAAUAAAAGUUAAUACUCAUAUAAAACGUACCACCAUAUUUUUAGAACAAUUUACUCGUAACUGUUAAAUUAAAUAAUUAUUAAUUAAGGAUUACUGUUAAUUUAGCAAUAAAAAAGUUAAACGUCGCAUCAAUAUGGCUUAAUAUUGAUGACAAUUACUUACAGUAAAUUAGCUUAAUAGUAAUCGAUUAUAAAAAUGUUCUCCAUAUCCUGAACUAUGUGGUUUGGAGGUUGAAACUGUUGUUCAUUUUAUGUUUGGCUCAUAUAUCAUAACAUAGCUUUAUAUGGCAAUGUGUAACCUGCUUUAUGUGUGAACUGUUUUGCAUGUUGUUCUGUCCGGAGUUUACAUAUAUCCCACCGUAUAUACUCAGUAGUUUGUUUAUGAUAUAAUUACGUUAUUCACAUCACGUUCUUUUUACAUAUUAUUACAGGGCUUGUUGCACAACCACAUGGAUAUAUAUAAUUGUAUUAUUUUUUUUAUUGAUAAUAAUUACAGUGGAAAUUCGAUUGACUGGAUUGAUUAUUUAUCUGUAAUGUUAAGCCAAUCAAACAACGACGUAAAACAAUGUAUGACAAAUUGCACUGUUAAAUAUGCUUGUUUUGCCUGCGUGUGGUAUUUAAGAUAAUAAUAACCAUAUAAUUAUUAACCAUUAGGUAUGUAAUAUAGAUAAUUACAUUACAUAGUUAUUUUUUCAAAGUCAAAUUUUGUUCAUUCAGUGAGAACAGUGUGUUCAUUUUGAAUGUUCUACAUAUUUUUGCUUAUAAUGUUAAUGUAAUCAAAAUAAUGUUAAAAAUUAUUUAAAAAUGUAUAGAAUUUUUUUUUCUCGUUCCAUAUGAAUAAAGACGAGUGCGUAUAUCCUGAAAAUCGAGUUUCGACUGUAGUACAUGUAAAUAUUGAAAAAAGUAUUUCUGUAAAUAAUUAUAUUAAUAUAUAUUUUAAUAUGCCAAUAGCCGCCCGAUGCCUAACAUGCCGCCAAAGCUGCCGGAGCGACCGCAGAACGGGAGGCCAUUUUGAACGAGCCCACGCCGCCAUUUUGUGAUAGCAGCUUUGUAAAUAUAUUAAUACAUUUAUACAUAUACGUGUUACAUUACAUCACAAUAACCGAUGUAUUGGAACGUGGAGGACAUUACACAGGCAGUCAGUGUUCUAAUGUUUUAAAAAUAUAUCUAUGAAGUUAAAAUGUGCUUGAACGGACUUGCUAAUCGUUACGAACCUAAUAUUUAUAAUUAAUUUAAUGAAAUAAUUUAAUUUGCAUUUGAUUUUUUUAAUCUGUAUAAUAUAUGUUAGACUUAUGACAAUGUUCUGUUAAUGUGACAAUAGUAUCAGUUUAAUGUGUAUAUAAUAAAAUAAAAAUGUAAAAUUGUAACAAAACGAACUAAAAUAGAUAGUUGAAGUUUAAAGUGUUAUUAGUUUAUUCAAUUGUAUGUAAUUUAAAAUGUAUUUAAUACAAAUUUAUUGAGAAGCUAUUUUAGUAGCUCAAAGUCUUGAUUAUUAUUAAUAUUUAGCCUCUGUGAGAUUACAAUGCAUUAUAUUACAAAAAAUAUUGUAGCAUUUACUCGUAGCUUAAAAUGUGCAUGUCGAGUGAAUGCGCCGCAGCUGUAGUACCUAACUAAAAAGUUCCUUGAAAUUAUUUGAUGAAAAAUUAACUAACUAUUAUAUAUACCUUCAUACUAUAUAUAUAUCUUCAUACUAUAUACCAUCUCCGACCUCCCUCCUUAUAGUAGAGGGGAUAUGGAGAUCAGACCACUAGCCGUGAGGGUGAUAUUGUUAAUAACGAUCAUUAUCAGAUGUUAAUGGUAAUGAUCGAAACCGACGGCUUAUUUGGAUCAUCGAUAUGCUAUAGGGGUUGUUUUCACUAACUCGUUAGAUAUUCUAAACAAGUUUUGUAUCUUUCUUAACUUACUAAUGUCAAACGACAAAGUCAAAACUUGUAACUUAUCAGAAGAUGGUAAAACUGACCCUAAAUAUGCCCUAAAUAUAUUUUUAAGGAAAUUUCUAUUGCAUUUCUAUUCCAAGAAUAGAGAGAGAGAUAAUCUAUAUAGAUAUAUAAUAAUAUAGAAUCCAUCGACGUUACAAAUUGGGAAGUUAUUAAAGCAUUAACGCCAUCUGUUUUUUCUUAAAGCAAAGAUUUUAUUUGGACCCUGUGAAAAUAUUUCAUUGUUUAUCUAAUAUUGUUUUUUCGACAAUUUUUUGAAAUUAUUUUUACUAUUUGUAGCCACACAUUCCUUCAGCUGAAAGCGCGGCAGAAAUAUUAUGUACCUUUACAAUAUUUGUAUAUAGAUGUAAAAUACUGUGAACUUGUUCAUAUGUUGUGUACUUGUGUAUGCGAACUGUAAUAAACCUGUAUAUAAAAAUAUA